AAGCAUCGGUAGACAUUGAAAGAGGAAUAGGGCACGGUCUUCUUCACGCUUCCCCCUCCGCUGCUUUCUCCCCGUCUCCUUGACGGUUCGCCUUCUGCUCUCCAUCGAUCGCGAAGGCUUCGCCUUCGAUCUAAAGGCUUCCGAUCGCCACCAGUAGCCAUGCCUCGGUACUACUGCGAUUACUGCGACACUUACCUGACUCAUGAUUCUCCAUCUGUCAGAAAGCAACAUAAUGCUGGCUACAAACACAAGGCAAAUGUCCGUGCUUAUUAUCAGCAAUUUGAGGAGCAACAAACUCAAAGUCUAAUUGAUCAGAGAAUCAAGGAACAUCUAGGCCAGGCUGCAGCAUUCCAACAUCAAGUUGGUGCAACUUAUAACCAACAUCUUAUGUCCAUGCCAGGAAAUCGGCCCCCUCUUCCAGUUUUAGGACCACCUAUCUUGCCUAUGGGAGCACCAUCUCAGGGAAUGCUACCGGGAGUUAGGCCCCCUCUCUUGCCUCCUCCAGUUGUUGGAGCUCCAGGUUAUGGUCCUCUUCAUACUAUGCCUACUGCUCCACCGUCAGCGGUACCACCUGGUGCUGCUGCAUCAGCACCGAUGCAAGUUAGUAAUCUUCCUAGGCCUCCUCAAUUGACACCUCCAAUUUCCGGGGCCAUGUCAAUGCCAACCACCAAUGGUGCUGCACCUGCCAUCAAUCCUGUGAUGUAUCAAGCCAAUCCAUCGUCAACUACAACUGGAAGCUUUGAUUCAUUCAAUGCGGCUUCUGGAUCUGGUUGACAGAGGGCAUCACAUGUAUCCACCGCUCCUGUUUCAGCAAAAUGCCUUACUAGGAUGCAUUUUGAUCUGCCCCGACUAAGACUAAUCUGCUAAAUUUGGGUACAAGUUUUCACUGUGUUUUUACAUGUAUGAAUGAAUUACUAUUUUGUCGAUUGCUUCUCGCUUAUAUUCGUGUUGAAUCAGUUCACAAACACGAUAUGUGCAGACUGAAUGGAUUGCUAUUCUAGAGCUCCGUGGGUCAUCGUGAGAUGGUUAAAGGUAGAGAGAGUCCACUUGUCUGUAUUAUUUCUGGAGUUGUGUAAUCAAAUAUCUAUCUGGACACACUCCGAUCAGUAAUAGUUUGCAUCGGCAUUUCUGACA